UACCCGAUUUUAUUUGGAUGGACUGUGCAGGCGCUGGGCGGAGGAGCAAUUCGCGAUUGUAACUUUCCUGAGUGACCUGGAUAAUGGAAGCUUUGGGGGGUGGCAAUGGCGGCUUUUGGGGGUGGAACUGGGAACUGAAACGUCAAAAGCCGUAUAAUUGUCGAAGUAAUGUAUCCAAAUCCUCUAAUACGGGGGUCGGAGGCGGUUACCACUUCCCUCUCAAGCAAGCCGUUACGGCUGGUUCACUCGCUCUUGCCGGAGACGGAAUCGCCCAAGUGAGAGACCGAUGGGGAAACAGCGAACGCUCAAAACAACGCAGUAUCCUCCCUUCUCAUGAUUGCACCGAUGAAGAGCAUCCUGUAUGGGCCAUCUUUAAGGAACAUGAUUGGCUCCGUGCCUUGCGGAUGACUUCUUAUGGGUUUCUUCUUUAUGGACCUGGUUCCUAUGCAUGGUAUCAAUAUCUUGAUUAUUGUUUGCCUAAGCAGACAGCCAAGAAUCUGAUGUUAAAGGUUUUGUUGAAUCAAAUAGUACUUGGUCCAUCUGUUAUUGCUGUUGUCUUUGCAUGGAACAAUUUAUGGCAAGGGAAGCUUUCACAGCUUCCAGGGAAGUACCAAAAGGAUGCUCUUCCCACAUUGCUUUAUGGAUUUAGGUUCUGGAUCCCUGUCAGUGCAUUGAACUUUUGGGUGGUCCCACUUCAAGCUCGCGUAGCUUUCAUGUCCACGGGUUCUAUUUUUUGGAACUUCUGCUUAUCAUCAACAAUGAACAAGUAGAUUCAUCUGAUUAGUUAUUCAUAAAUUUGGUAUUAGAAUUUAGCAAUGUCUACUUUUUAACAAUGAAGUAUAUUUCUCAUGCCCAUUUCAUUUUACUGGCUCUGAGCUUAAUCAGUUUUGGUGAACUUCUAGAAAAAUAUAGCAUUCGUUAUCGUUAUACUUACCAUCA